GCGAGCGCCGAAGCGCGCCGCCGCCACCCUGCCCGGGAGUUGGACGUGACCGUGCGCUCUGCGGAGCGCGAGUUCGGAGAUUGGAGGAUGAACAAUCUUUCAUUUAGUGAACUCUGCUGCCUAUUCUGUUGUCCACCAUGUCCAGGAAAAAUAGCUUCCAAACUGGCAUUUUUGCCCCCAGACCCCACGUAUACACUCAUGUGUGAUGAAAGUGGGAGUUGUUGGACUCUACAUCUUUCUGAUCGAGCAGACUGGCAAUAUUCUUCUAGAGAAAAAGAUGCUAUUGAAUGUUUCAUGACUAGAACCAGCAAAGGUAACAGGAUUGCCUGUAUGUUUGUGCGUUGUUCCCCUAAUGCCAAGUAUACUUUACUUUUCUCGCAUGGGAAUGCUGUUGAUUUAGGUCAGAUGAGCAGCUUUUACAUAGGACUUGGUUCACGGAUUAAUUGCAACAUAUUUUCAUAUGAUUAUUCUGGAUAUGGAGCGAGUUCUGGAAAACCAACAGAGAAGAACUUGUAUGCUGACAUCGAUGCUGCUUGGGUAGCUCUUAGAACAAGAUAUGGAAUCCGCCCUGAAAAUGUGAUUAUAUAUGGCCAAAGCAUAGGAACUGUGCCAUCUGUGGAUCUUGCUGCUCGUUAUGAAAGUGCUGCUGUAAUUCUUCAUUCUCCUCUGACCUCAGGAAUGCGAGUAGCUUUUCCUGAUAUUAAGAAGACAUACUGCUUUGAUGCAUUCCCAAAUAUUGACAAGAUAUCUAAAAUAACUUCUCCAGUGCUAAUAAUCCAUGGGACUGAAGAUGAAGUGAUUGACUUUUCACAUGGCCUAGCAUUAUUUGAGCGUUGCCAAAGACCUGUGGAACCACUGUGGCUAGAAGGGGCAGGACAUAAUGACGUGGAACUUUACGUACAGUAUCUUGAAAGAUUAAAACAGUUUGUAUCACAGGAACUGGUGAACUUGUAAAAUGCUUUGUUUAGUUACUUGUUGAAUUUUGUUGCUGAACUCCAGUUCUUGAUAGCCACAACAUAAAACCUGAUGGUUUUGUUUUCAAAUCAGGCCAGUUGCCUUCAUAAAUGUACAGGUAAAAUGAUUUGUAAACAUAAUUAAUGAAGGUUUUAACGCCAGUAUUAACUGGAAUAGUAGAUGAUGGGGACAAAACUUAUGUAGUUUAUAUAUUUUGUGCAAGUCUUCUAUACUUAAGUCAAUUUGCAAGUCUUUUUAAGAUGUACAAAAAUCAUAGAAGGAAGUAAAAUUUUAAAUAUGUAAAAUCUGAUGCUGUAAAAGUGUUGCCAAAUGCUUUAGCAUAUCUCAGUUUAUAUACGAUAUUUUUAAAACAUCUCAAAAUGUACUGUGACUUACUCUGUUGCACAGGUGUAAUUGAAGCAGUUACAAAAUACAAAUAGCCAUUAUGUUUGAAGGAAUAAAAAAGAAGGAAGACAGCCACUUGAAUUUAUAGGCCUUACAUAGGGAGCAAAUCAAAACAAGUGUUUCAUUAUCUUGUCUUUUUCUCAAUGUUUUUUUUUCUUUUCCUGACUGAUUAAUGGCCAAAAAUGCUGUUUUCAAAGUACUGCUCUACUAACAAGGCCCAUAGAAACUCAACAAAAUAUGGAACCAAUAGUUUCCAUGAAAUCAGCAAGUAAUCUAAGGAACUUUCUAUAUGGCUAUUUUAAAAUAAUCAUGUAAAAAGGAUCUUCCACAAAAACCUAAAAUUGAUUUGAUUUUUUAAUAUUGAUAAACAUGCAAAGUUACAGACUAGUUGACACUUUGAUUUGAAUGCUUUACAAUGUAGAAUUGUUUCAAUUAUUAUAAAAAGUUUACUAAUGUACUCCUAUAUAGUAAAACAAAUGUUGAGAACUCAUCAUAAAAUAAGCUGCCUUUCCCUAGAAUACAUUUUUGCUUGAAUAAAAUUAAAAUGUAGCCUAACGUGUAAGCAAAGUAAUAUUCAAAUACACACUGUGUUUCUAAUUUUAAAGCCUUAUGUAGUUAACCUGUUCUGCUUAUUCUUGUGAUUGUCUAAGAAUAUUGUAUAAUGUAUUGUAAAUGCUUAGAUUCUGAUGUGUUUAACUCUUUAAGAAAAAUUCUACAUGAUUCUGAAUUGUUUGUGCAAAACAUAAACUGUUCCUGAUUAAUCCAUUCUCUGUGAUACAGUAAGAGAGCACAAUUUCUAACGUGACUAAAACAUCUUGCUAAAAUCCAGUGAUUCCAUUAAACCAAUUUCUUGUUGCCAGA